AUGACUAAAAACCUAGAAAAAAUUACAGAAUAUAUAAUCCUCACUAUGAAGGGCGAUGCGCAAGCUGAUCGAGAGCAGAAGGCUGAAGAGACUGUGAAUCGAGGGUUUGUGAAAGCUGUCCAAUUUGUGAAGUUAGAAUUUGGAUCGUUUCUACUCGAUGAUCGUUCAGUGAACCAACUCGAGAGAUUUCUUUCACCUCUUCCAUUGACAUCAAACGUGAAUCUGCCACGCAUGCUAAAGGAAUCAUCCAGCUGAUCUUUUCCGCCUCAUCGUUUAUAGUCUUGAGCGCCGACAAAUCUUUUCCACACAGUAUGGCAUUUGUACCAACCAGCAGAGGGUUCAGUGUUGAGAGCGGCGUGCCUUCGAAUACUUUUUUCAUGAUACGGUUUCCAUACGAACGAAACUCCAAUCCCUUUAUUCGUAACUGAUUCUUAG